AUGUCUGCCGAUCCACGGCUGCGCGGUAAGGCUGCGCCCGCGCCGCCGCCGGCGCCGCCGGCUAAUGAGUCCACCGACUCCCCCGUCGUGGCCGUCGACGGUGCUCCGCCGGUAAUGCAGUCCGCACCCAGCAGUGAUCCUGACAGCAGCUACAAGCUCAAGUUCUGUACCGUGUGUGCCAGCAACAACAACAGAUCCAUGGAAGCCCACCUGCAACUCUCCACCGCCCAUUACCCCGUCAUCUCGUUCGGCACCGGCUCUCUCGUGCGUCUACCUGGUCCCAGUAUAUCCCAGCCAAACGUCUACGCUUUCAACAACACCACCUAUGACGCCAUGUAUCGCGAACUCGAGGGCAAAGAUGCUCGACUGUACCGCGCCAACGGUAUCCUCAACAUGCUUGAUCGCAAUCGCAAUACCAAGCGCUAUCCUGAACGUUGGCAAGACUGGCGUGUCGGCGUACCCCGUGUCAAUCACAGUGAAGAUAAGGGUGCCGUUGGAGUCGAGGGUGGUGUGGUGGAUGUCGUCAUCACUUGCGAGGAGCGUUGCUGGGAUGCCGUCGUCGAUGAUUUGCUCAACAGAGGCAGUCCGCUCAAUCGUCCUGUCCACGUCUUCAACGUCGAUAUCAAAGACAACCAUGAAGAGGCUCUCGUAGGUGGCAAGGCCAUUCUCGAUCUAGCUACCAGACUCAACGAUGCCGCCAGGGAGGAAAGAGCAUUGAAGGGUCCUCAAGGUUGGAAUCAAGGCCAAGGUAGUGCCAGAAUCGGGUUUGAUGAGCGUGUCCCAGAUAUUCUUGGCAGUUGGCAGGAAAAAUGGCCGAAUCUGCCAGCACUCUGGACUCUUGCAUGGUUCUAG